GAGCGGCGGGAGUCAUUCGGCGCCCAGUCAGCGUCGGGGGAGGACCUGACACGCUCCUGCCGCCGCCAGCUUUGGUGUUCGCAAAUGUGUGAAGUUGAGUCGGUGUCUGUGCUCAGUGCGGACUCAAAGACCCUGCCGGCCGGUGUGUAGUGCCUCCCCUCAGCAACGUGGCGGGGUUUACAUGUCGUUUUUCAGUGAGAUAGACACCAAAGACUAACAAAUGACUCCCCGCCGAAGACUAGUCGUUCGGCCACAGCACAGCAAGGUGUAGUUUGUGGUCGGAAAGGAGUGCGAGCCUGAGCUGUUGUGUGGGUGUCUGGCCCUAGCUUAGCGAGUGUUUGUGUGGCGGUGUCCAGGUGACCGUCAUCACAACAAUCCCGCGUCCCCGCUCCCGCCACCACCCCGCCACCGCCAAUGAACAAUAGAAUUACCCUUCCUAUGCCGUCUCUCCGUGGGCUGGAACCACAUGUACUCUCUGUAACUUGAUUUACAAUGUUUAUUAAGAACACUUUACUUACUUCAUUGGAUUUUUAGAUUACUCAGGUAAAUGAGAUUGUGUUACCGAGCACAAAGACUGCAAACAUUGACCACAGGACCUGCGUGGGUCUGAUGUAUGGUAAUUUGACCUCGCUUGUGACGUGGUGCCUCCAAACACUCGAAGCCUUCACGCCAAACUGUUGACCGCUGGGUGUCAUAUACUGUUGUGUGACCUUGAAAAACGUUUCCCGAAUCAUAAUUGACCAAGGGCACCGAUGAGAUAGAUAAAUAAAUAGAAGAAUGAAUAGAUAAAUAAGUAAAUAGAUAAAUACGUUUGCCAAUAUGCAUCCAACACUAUCAUCGUAAGCGUCCGUGACCCUUCACGCGGAGUGCCAAGUGGAGGCGCCGCUGCAGCAAGAUCCUGCUGGCCUUAACACCAUAGGAGCCGCUGACCUCAUGAGCCACCUACGCACCAUCAGCGUAGCGGCGGGACGACACAUCUUACUUUAAUGCAAGUCUUCAGCGAGGUAUCCCGCCUCUUCAAGAUGGGCAUCUGUCUGGACACAGGCCAGCGCCCAGAGUUCCUCAGUCUCCACGACCUGUACGAAGAUCGCAGCGGGUCGCCGUUAGUGAGUGAAGGCAAGAAUGGAGAGGCGGGCACGACAGCAGCCACCACCCCGGCUACCAUGGCGCCCCCGGGACCCACCGCCGCUGCCCCGACGGAGACCAUCACAGGAGCGCCUGUCAUCUUCUUUUUGGGGGGUCCAGGCAGCGGAAAGAUGACGCACGCGCAGAACCUUGCCGACAUCCACGAGGGUUACCGACACAUCAACCUCACCGUCGUGAUUAGCGAAUAUAUCAAGGAGAACGACCUCGGAUCGCCACAGUCCAUCUCAGCGAGCAUCGGGCUGGCGCUGCUGGCCCGGGAGAUGCACCUGUCGCCCCGCUGCAAGGGCUACUUGGUGUCCGGGUACCCGCGCCACCUAGAUGACGUGCAUCACUACAACGAGAAGCUGGGUCGACCCACGGGAGCCAUCCUGCUGGAGUGGGACCGAGCUACCCUCAUCAGGAACAUCGAGUUGAGAAUGCGAGAAUAUUACGCGAGCCACGCCAUGCGCCUCUCCCACACUGCGCGGCGGCUGGGCAACAUCGACGGGGCCAUCCUGCUUGACUGGCGGGAGUCGACGCUACUCAACAACCUGGAGGCGGGGGCGCGGAUGGGUUCACUCAUGCUGGAAGCGGCGAAGAAGGAGCUGACGGAAUUCACUACGAAGGUCCUGCCGGUGUGUGAAUACUACGACAACCUGGGGAUGCUUUACGUGGUGUCUGGGGAGAGGAGUCAGGAGGAGGUGUUCAGGGACGUCCAAAGGGCACACUCCAAGAUACUUCGGUCCGCGCUUCAUCCUCCGCCAUCACGCGCCUCUGUUGGGUCCUACCGGGAGUACCGUAGGAUGGCGCCCAUAACCCAACAUCAGCCGCUGUCCAACGCCACAAUUACUGCGCCGCCAGAAGAAGAGGCUCUCCCUCCGUGCAUCUUCUUCAUGGGUGGCCCCGGGAGCGACAAAUGGCGACUCAUGAGCGGCAUCACAUACCUGUACCCAGGGUGGGCGUGCGUGGGAGUGGGCCAGAUGCUGCGUGACCACGUGGCGCGCUGGAAAGAGGACCCUGAAGGGUACACAGGCAUGCCCAGCGAGAAGGUGGUGAUGGUGCACAACCUCAUGAGGAAGGGAGAGCUGGUGCCGCAGGACCUGGUGCUCGACUUGAUGCAGGAAAGGAUAAAGGAGCUGAGUUCCCGCGAGGGCAUCGUGCUGGUGGGCUUCCCGAGGGACAUCAUCCAGGCGCAGAACUUCGAGGAGAAGUUCCACCAGAUCCCGCCCUUGUUGCUCAUCGACUGCUCGGAGUUGGAGCUGGGGAGGAACCUUGGCCGCAGGGAGUGGCGCCUCGAUGACAACGUAGCGGCGGCACGGAGGAGGCUGGCCAUUUACCGCGAAGUCACGUUGCCCAUGCUCAAGGCCUUCGACGAGAAGAACCGACUCAAGAUUAUUGACGGCGACGCUGACUGGGAACAGGUGGAAAGGGAGACUAAGCGGGCCAUCUACGUAGAGACCCAGAAUCUUGCUCGGCGCGGCAUCAGGUCGGCAGGAGUCACGCCCACGCCGUCUCCCCGUCGCGGCCUCGUGCGCCCCUCCACUUCCACCUUCCCCGCCGAGGUCGCCACCGCAGCCGUCAGCAGGUUUGAGCCACAGGAACCGCCAGCAGAAGACCCCAACCUAGACCAGCCCAACGGCCCCGUCCCUGGCAGCCCCACCCGCCUUCCCGACCAGGAAAUGAAACCUCUUCCUCGGGAGCUGAGAGGCGCCGUGACGGAGACGACGCCCAGGAGUCAGUUGCGGCACGAGCUGGUCUGACCCCGCUGAGGCACCAGCGAGUGGCUGUGAUACCAGUAUCUUCCAGUAGAGACACAGGGAGGCGCCAUGUGUGUGUGUGUGUGUGUAUGUAUGUUUCAGUCAGUUGGAAGCCAGUGGAGAGAACCAAGCCUUCGUGCCUCAUUUAAUCGGUUUGUGUAAAAUUUAUGUGUCUUCGUCGGCCUCACUCCAGCCCUGCUCCCCGUGCUGUGUGUGAUGGCACGUAGAAGGUUGCUAUUCGUCUCACAGCCUCCAGUGUAUUCCUGCUGCUGUGAGGCGCGGUACCCACAGCACGACAAUAACAGCAUCAUUUUGAUUCCUUUCUAUUCUGUUCGGAGCUCCGUAAGUUUUCCAGUGUGCCGGCCUUGGCAAACUACUCAGGUGAACGUUGCUGCUGUCUAAGCGGUGGUUUUCUACCGAGACGUGGGAGUGAUGGUUAUGGUAUCAAGAUUAUGUGAUGGUUGUGACGCCAAGACAGGGACGUGGUGGUUGUAAUAACAUGACUAGUUAGCGGUGGUAAUGGUGGCAAGCCUGAGGUGAUGUGCUUGUGGCGCCAAGACUGUGUAACACGUAUUGGCUGUGGCACAAGAACAGAUCCUAUUUGUUAGCAUUCCGCCACCAUAGCCACAAAACCUUGGUCUUAAUUUAAGGUGCUUCUGUGGCUGCCUUCAGAGACGCCAUGGCCUUUGUAACAAUUCACAUUUUGAUAAUUCAUUUCAUAAUAUGAAUAAGUGCAUCGCGUCAACAACAACCCUCCCAAACACGCUAGAUCAGAUUAAAACCUUGUUUCUAGAUAUUCCUCGAGUAAGAUGCGGCAGUUUCGGUGAAGAAUGGCGUGUAGAAGUGACUGAUGACUAGAAAUUGUUUCAGAAGGAAUGAAACUUCCUCAUCAACACUUUCAAGAGGAAGGUCUCAAGACAUUUAUCCUUAAAUUUGAUAACCCUUUUGACUACACUCUUUGGGGACUGGCACCUUCAGUGGAUGUAUCUUUUUUAUAGACUUUUUUGUUACCCUAGGCCGGAGUCCUUUCCUAAAUGGAAAAGUAAAUUAAGUGGAAAUAAUUUUGAAUAAACAUAUACUUGGCUAGAAUAAAGUAGAAAGCAGUGAUAUCAGAAUAUCUUCUCUGUUGCCUCGAUGAACAAAGACUCAUCUGCGACUCACCAUAGAACUGUGGUAAAGUGUACCUUAAAACAUGAUCUCUAUAAAAUAUAAUGAUAUAAUGGUACGAUAUCUUAGAUUUACGUGAACUGUCCUCAUUCAUUUCACUUCAUUUACUUACGUAGCGAAGUAUCGAAAAAAAAAUAUAAAUAAAUAGUGUUGAGAUCAUUAAGUUUCGCACCACCAUGAGUUUCCGAUUGUCCACGGUAGAGGUGGUAAUGGUGCUAAGACAGGAGCGCAGUGCCUGUUGGAGUAUGAUAACCAUGGCACCGGGGCAGGAGCAAGGUGGCUGUGAACCCAAGACAAAGCGUGGUGCUUGUAACGUCAACACUGGACUGCGGUGUGUGUAUAUUACAACGGUGCUCGGCCAACUGUUUUGUACCUGUAUAAAGGCGGGUUCACACUUGGCAAUUCAUUGCUAAAUUGCCACCCUCCACAAGCUGGCAAUACCUGGCAAGAAAUCCUCCCAGCUAGAUGUACGUUCACACAGGCGGUUGGGAAGGGACGGCUGGUAGUCGGGAAAUGAAUAUAAGCAAACAGCAACUCAGCAAGAUGUCUUCCCCCAGCGACGAUGCCGAAGUGAGAGCUGCAUUUUCUUUGGCUUACCGAAAGAUAAAACGGAAAAGGGAACGCCUGUGGACACGUCCCUAGCUGAGUAGAAGAGGAGAAAGGAGUGUUUGAUACACCCUUUUGCCUGAGCUGAGCGUGGAAGACCCAUCAACCAUGAGACUGUGGAUACGCACAUGAAGAUACCUACAUGAGGGAUGCAGUGACACCUGGUGAACGCCUGACACUUACGUUGCGUUAUCUAGCAACAGGUAAGGAAAAGUGAUCGGUAAUUAUUAAGAACUUAGCUCCUUCUGCAGCGGUUACUACUAAAUUAUAUAUAUAUAUAUAUA